UCUGUCACUGCUUCGCCAAGAUUAGUUAAUUCCCGGUCCCGCUCAGACACGGUCGACCGGGAGUUCACUUCAACGUCCGGGCGGUUCCCUUCUGUCAACCUCCCUACUGACCAUCGCGCAGCCGGGUUCCAACCCUGAACAACUCCUCAACUUCGAGCAUGUUUACAGAAUAACUAAGGGAGGGACUCGAUGCCGAGCGACGAGAGGAAACGACCAUGACCUCUCAUCCCUGUCAGCCGAUGCAACAGCUUCCAACUUCCCCGUCAAAUCACUCUCGGCAACGUCGGACCCGCCUUCGAACCGACAAGGAUGGUUGUUUACGUCGACCUCGCAACCAAUCCGCAAGCGAGAGUCAUUGUUGCCGUUCUGUGGGUCAUGACCACGCUCGCCGGUGUUUUCCUCAGUCUUCGACUCUAUAGCAAAAUCAGCCGCCGGAGACGGUUGUGGUGGGACGACUAUCUCAUCAUUGUCGCCUGGGUUAUGCUUCUUGUCAGUUGUUCGACAUCGACAGCCAACAGCCGUCUCGGAUUCGGCCUUCACUUUGAUGAGCUGCCCGUAGAGAAUCUCACCCGCCUCGGCAUCCAUAGCACUAUCUCCGGUUUCGCCUCAGUCAUCGCAGUGGCCUGCAGUAAAACCUCUUUCGGUCUUACCCUGCUCAGACUAACCGAUGGUUGGAUAAAAUGGUAUAUCAUCGGUCUCCUUGUCCUCCUCAAUGUCACGCACUACAGUAGCUCAGUAUUUUUCUGGGUGUCGUGCAACCCUCCGGCCAAGACAUGGGAUAUGACGAUCCCGGGCGAAUGCUGGCCAAUUUCCGUCACGGUCAAUACCAGCAUGUUUUUCGGAUCUUGCUCGGCGUUAUGUGACUUUUCACUCGCCCUCCUCCCUUGGAGGUUCUUGCUCAAGUACAACAUGUACAACAGAGAAAAGAUUGGGGUGGCCAUUGCCAUGAGCAUGGGUGUGUUUGCCGGGAUCUCCUCUGUAGUCAAGAUGACCACCAUUCCCGGAGUCCUCAACGCCGGCGACUUUAGCUACAACGCUCUCCCCCUGGUCGUGUGGGGCUUCAGCGAGUCCGCUCUCACUAUAAUGGCCGCCUCCAUCCCGAUGAUGCGCCACCUCUUCAUAUCCUUCCGCCGCGACAACAACAUCCCGACCACUGCUACCACCACUACUACUACCAUGACAAUCGGUACUGCCCGCCGUGCUACUCUAGGCACGAGCCGGCUUGCUGCGACUGAUAGUGGCCAUGAUGGUGAUAUUGACGUUUAUACCAAAAGCGGCACCACCGAGAGGAGGAACUGGAGCCAGCAGCAGGCCUCGCAGCUCAAGCCACCCAGUGUCGACAAAUCCUAGGGAAGGUGCCGGCGCUCUCUUGUUUUAUUUUUAGUCGUGUUUGGCGCGGCGUUCGGGG